ACAAGUAAAUUUCAGCCUCACUGGGCUCGACCCAGAAUGCGGCAGAAUUGGGCUUCGAAUCUUUUAUACGACCACUCGACGCCGUCGCUUCUCCAGUUCAACCUCCGGCCGCCGUUUUUUCAUCUCUCUUUACUCGUAGAUACAAGGGCAUAGUUUCACUCUGCUACUACUACUAUGGCCGCAAUCAGAAAAGCGAUGGCGAUUUCCUCCGAUCGUCGUGUUCUUACCUCUUUAUUUCAUCCGCCGUCUCGUCUCAUCUCGUUCAGAGGCAUAGCUUCGAAGCUUUUUGUUGGAGGACUUUCAUUUUACACCUCGGACAAAGGACUGUCGGAAGCCUUUUCUCAAUAUGGUCAGGUUGUUGAAGCUAAAGUUGUGACGGACAGAGUAUCUGAUAAGUCAAAGGGAUUCGGAUUCGUCACCUUUGCGUCUGAAGACGAAGCUCAUACAGCCCUGACAGAGAUGAACGGAAAGUCUUUGAACGGAAGGGUUAUUUUCGUGGACUAUGCAAAACCGACGACCAAUUUUCGUGGUGGAAUUCCGAUAGCGAGAGGACCUCCUGAGGAGAAAACUGAUGAAUGAUUGCUCAUAAAACUUUACGCUCUGUCGUUUAUCAAAAGAAAUUAGCUGAAAAGGGAAUGAACAACCCAUGUAGAUGUGCAUAAAAAGUGUGGUUCAGACAUGUUUCAGCAAUUUGCAUUAUGCCAGAGACGUAAAAGGCUACAGGAAAAAAGGUCAGCUUGCAGGAAUCUUCAAAAUUCGAUGAAAUUAGACAAACAGAUUGAUUUUUUAUAGUACUCUAAGUUUGCUUCUUAUUUGUUAAGUAUCUUAUUAGCCGUAGUUAAACUGAUAUUCAGACAUUUUAACCUGUAUUUCUUAGUUUUCUGAUUGCCAUAUUGUGAUACUAAUCUUUCUUUCGCAGCAA